CUUCCUCCCGCUGCGGCUCAGGCGGUGGCUGGGCCGCUUGAUUCGGGUCGGGUGGAGGGAUCUCCUCCCAGUCCAGCAGCGGGGCUCGGUCCGACUGCUCCACCAUGGUGCCGAAGCCUCCGGGGACUCGGUCCUGGACCAAGCAUGAAGGAAACCUUCCCAAACGCUCAGGUUCAAGGCAUGGCGACAUUGUUUAAUGAUAUCAACCAGCAGUUGGACUUCUCAAGCUGUGGAGAGGAGGGAAACAGCAGUGACACCAUCUCAGAUGACUGCGCAGCCGUUCACAGUCCCAGCAUGGGCUGCAGGACACCCCGGGUGCAACACCCCCGCAGCAGAAGCAACGCAUCCUCCUCGCCUUUACAGUGCACCAGCCCCAUACCGUAUGCUUCCUGGAAGAAGCUGAGACUGUGCGACACUCCCAGCACACCCAAGAGUCUGCUGUCCAAGUCAUCCCAGCCUUUCUCCAACAUAAAGAUAAGUCACCGUCAGAGGAGCCUGCGUUUCGCCUCUGCUACGAAGAGCCUUGUCCUGGCUCCUUCAGUCAAUGUGAAUCCUUUCACCCCUGAUACGGUUCGCAGAACGAGCGAGCUGCAAUGGAGGAGUGAUGAGGACGAUGCCCACGAUUAUGGACACAGGAUGAAACACAGCCUCACCUCAUCUGAAGAGGAUGAUGAAGCCUUUCUUCCACCAAAGAGACGAGCAGUCCAAGCCUUCAUGCUGUCACGCUACGAGAGUGAGUUCCUGGAGCUGGAGUGCAUCGGCGUGGGCGAGUUUGGGACAGUUUAUAAGUGCGUGAAUAGGCUGGAUGGUUGUCUGUACGCCAUAAAACGCUCCAGACGUCCCCUGGCUGGCUCUGCCAAUGAGCAGCUGGCCUUAAAGGAAGUGUAUGCUCAUGCUGUCCUUGGGCACCACCCACAUGUUGUCCGCUAUUAUUCAGCUUGGGCAGAGGAUGACCAUAUGCUGAUUCAGAAUGAAUACUGUGACGGUGGAAGUCUCAGUGACACUAUUGUGAAGAAGGGAGCACAGGGUGAGCUGCUUACAGAGGCUGAGCUCAAGGAUCUGCUUUUACAAGUGGCCAUGGGUCUAAAAUACAUCCACAGCUCAGGACUGGCCCACCUGGACAUUAAACCAAGUAAUAUAUUCAUUUCCCAGCAUCCCAGCACAGGUCCAGUGUGCGAAGAAGAGAGCGAGGGGGAAGAAGAUGAAAACUCUUCAGCUGGAAUGCUCUACAAAAUUGGUGAUCUGGGUCAUGUGACAUCACUGAGUAGUCCUCAAGUCGAGGAGGGGGACAGCCGUUUUCUGGCCAAAGAGGUUUUGCACGAGAAUUAUACCCACCUCCCUAAGGCUGACAUAUUUGCUCUGGGCCUCACGGUGCUGCUGGCAGCUGGUGCCCCCUCUCUACCUUCUAAUGGAGAUCAGUGGCACAGUCUCAGAGAGGGCCACCUCCCACAAGUGCCACAAGAGCUAUCUCCUUCAUUCAAAGGUUUAAUUCAGUCGCUGCUGGAUCCUGACCCGAUGAAGCGGCCAUCUGCCAAAGAACUCUGCAAACACACAGUCUUGAGGGAAAAGAGGACCGAAAGGCUGGCUGCUCAGCUGCGUAGAGAGCUCAAUGUGGAGAAGUUCAGGACAGCUAUGCUUGAAAAGGAGCUCCAGGAGGCGCGGCAAGCGGCCUUAUCACCAAAACAGAAUCUCUGCCCUGGUUUGAAACUUCCCAACAAGGUGGUGUCUGCACCAAGAACAGGCAGAAGACUCGUUGGGAAGAAAACUGCACGAUCAGUUAGCUUUGGUUGUCCAGGGAAUGGAGUCUGACGGGCAUGAUGAUUCCUCCCUGAAGAAAUGUCUUUGCUACAAGUCUGUGGCUCUAAAUGUAAAGUGAAACUCACAGGAAUGUGAACAGAAUGGUUGCCUGUACAGUCUUGUGUGUCGGGAGUGAACUUGUGUAACUGAAACUUUAGACAGAUUUGGCAUUAAUGGGCUAAUUUGAUUCCUGCACCUCCCCUACUUACAUCAGCUGGUCAUUGCCAUUUUUUUUUUAAAUUGUAAAUAAACAUUUUAAUUUCUUUUCAUGUAA